GUCCUUCAACUCCCUCCUACGUCCGUCAGAAGCAGCGGCGCAGCACAGUGGAUCUUAGCGACACCGACGGUCGACUCUGUAACUUAGACAGCGGCGAAGCGGAAAUAGUUCUAUACUAUCAACUGUCUAUUUGUCACUACCCUAUUUGCACGAGACAAGGAAAGAGUAUGGGGAACUGGUCCGAACUUUGUAAUGACAUUCUAGGACUGAUUGUGGAUCAGUUUUCGGCAAUCGAAGAUAUUGUUCAUUUUGGUGCGGUUUGUAGGCCAUGGCGAUCAGUUUCAGUCGAGAAGUUGCACUUCUCUACUAUUGCUGAUCCCUGGCUGAUGCUUGCAGAGAAGGAAGACAGUGACAACCGUGGCUUCUACAGUCUCUCUACCCAAAAGGUUUACCAUUUGAACUUGCCAGAGGCCCGUGGCAGGAAGUGUUUGUCCUCCAACGGUUGGUUGAUAACGUUGGGGCUUGAUUUGGAGAUUCACUUAUUAAACCCCUUUUCUCGGGAACAAAUUCGGCUUCCACCUCAACCAACACUCCCUGGUCAAUUCUCCUAUGAAAUUGAGCCAGAACAUCUCCGCAAUUUUUUUGUAAGUAAAGUGAUAUUGUCCUCAACACCAUCUCAUGAAGAAGAAGAUGAAAAAUGUGUGGUUAUGGCGAUAAUUUCCGAAUACAAUAAAUUAGCCUUCUUGAGAUUGGGAGAUGAAGUUUGGACUCCUGUAGACAGUCAUAUAGGCAUUGCUGAAGUUAUGUACCUCAAUGGUCAAUUCUAUGCCAUCACUAACCGAGGGAAAUUGUUGAUUGUUGACAUUUCCAAUCCUCAUCCAAAGACGAUUGAGUUUGCUGAAACACCAGAGGAAAUGGUAGACGUUUGUGCGAGAUUUUAUCUUGUGGAGUCAGUAGGAGAACUCUUUAUGGUUGCACAGGAUGUUUAUGAGGGUGAUGAAUCCACGACAGUCGAGACUCUCGUUCAUGAAACAGAUGGUUUUGAUGUUUUCAAGUUCAAUUUUGAUAACAGGAAGUGGACGCAGGUGAAGAGCAGCCUGGACAACCGUGCUCUAUUUGUGGGUUUUAAUUCCUCCUUCGCCAUAUUCCCCUCUAACAACCAUUUAGGAUGUGAACCCAACUGUAUCUACUUCACUGAUGUCGACAUAUGUGGUCUUUGGAGGAAAGGAGCUGGUAAAGACAUGGGAUUGUUUCGGAUGGAGACUGAGGAAGUGGAUGAUCACUAUGUUGGCCCUGACAUCUUUUCUCGUGUUUGUCCGCCUCUUUGGAUUUGUCCUUCUUUCUCCUUAGGGUAGAGG